AUGAGAACUCAUACGGGUGAAAAGCCGUUUUCAUGUGUGAACUGUGGAAAAGGUUUUAGUCAAAAACAGCAUUUAACUCAGCACAUGAUGAUUCACACUGGUGAAAAGCCGUUUUCAUGUGUGACCUGUGGAAAAGGUUUUAGUCACAAACAGGUUUUAACUCGGCACAUGAUGAUUCACACUGGUGAAAAGCCGUUUUCAUGUAUGACCUGUGGAAAAAGUUUUAGUCACAAACAGCAUUUAACUCAGCACAUGAUGAUUCACACUGGUGAAAAGCCGUUUUCAUGUGUGACCUGUGGAAAAAGUUUUAGUCACAAACAGCAUUUAACUAAGCAUAUGAUGAUUCACACUGGUGAAAAGCCGUUUUCAUGUGUGAACUGUGGAAAAGGUUUUAGUCACAAACAGGUUUUAACUCGGCACAUGAUGAUUCACACUGGUGAAAAGCCGUUUUCAUGUGUGAAAUGUGGAAAAAGUUUUAGUCAAAAACAGCAUUUAACUCAACACAUGAUGAUUCACACUGGUGAAAAGCCGUUUUCAUGUGUGAACUGUGGAAAAAGUUUUAGUCGAAAACUUAGUUUAACUGAACACAUGAUGAUGAUUCACACUGGUGAAAAGCCGUUUUCAUGUGUGAAAUGUGGAAAAUGUUUUAGUCACAAACGGAUUUUAACUCGGCACAUGAAGAUUCACACUGGUGAAAAGCCGUUUUCAUGUGUGAAAUGUGGAAAAGGUUUUAGUCGAAAACUUAGUUUAACUGAACACAUGAUGAUUCACACUGGUGAAAAGCCGUUUUCAUGUGUGAACUGUGGAAAAGGUUUUAGUCACAAACAGGUUUUAACUCGGCACAUGAUGAUUCACACUGGUGAAAAGCCGUUUUCAUGUGUGAAAUGUGGAAAAAAUUUUAGUCAAAAACAGCAUUUAACUCAGCACAUGAUGAUUCACACUGGUGAAAAGCCGUUUUCAUGUGUGAAAUGUGGAAAAGGUUUUAGUCGAAAACUUAGUUUAACUGAACACAUGAUGAUUCACACUGGUGAAAAGCCGUUUUCAUGUGUGAACUGUGGAAAAGGUUGUAGUCAAAAACAGAAAUUAACUCUGCACAUGAUGAUUCACACUGGUGAAAAGCCGUUUUCAUGUGUGAACUGUGGAAAAAGUUUUAGUCAAAAAGGUAAUUUAACUCAGCACAUGAUGAUUCACACUGGUGAAAAGCCGUUUUCAUGUGUGAAAUGUGGAAAAAGUUUUAGUCACAAACAGGUUUUAACUCAGCACAUGAUGAUUCACACUGGUGAAAAGCCGUUUUCAUGUCCGUUUUCAUGUGUGAACUGUGGAAAAAGUUUUGGUCAAAAACGGAUUUUAACUCAGCACAUGAAGAUUCACACUGGU